AUGGGGGCAUACUACGGAUCAAGCGAAGGUUCACUUGUUACUUACGAUGCUCAAAGAUUGAAGAGAAAGCUUACUAAUGCUGCUGUUUGUCCCAGAUGUGAUUGUCCUUUGGAAUCUUGUGCUCAUCUCUUUAUGGACUGUGCUGCCACUCUUGCUAUUUGGAAUAGACUUGGAUUUGGGAGAGUGGAAGCUGUCAGGAUGAUUUUGAUGACUGGCUUUUGCAUAAUUUGA